AGAAUUGCACACGUUACGUUAUUAUCUUGUCCGUAAUGUCAUUUUCUUUAUAGUUAAAGUCAAUUCUUUGUGUAAAUUAAUUUGUUCAUAUUUCAAAAAUAAUAUAUCCAUAGAAUAAAAGUUUAGAAAUAACUGAAAUUUAUAUUAUUAGGUAUCACUAACAUGGGAAUAACUGGAUUAGCGAAACUCAUAGCUGAUGUAGCUCCUAAUGCUAUUAGAGAAAAUGAAAUAAAAAACCAUUUUGGUAGAAAAAUUGCUAUUGAUGCAUCAAUGAGCCUUUAUCAAUUUCUAAUAGCUGUACGAAGUGAGGGAUCACAAUUAACUUCUGUUGAUGGAGAAACAACCAGUCAUUUAAUGGGAACAUUUUACCGAACUAUAAGACUUUUGGAGAAUGGUAUUAAACCAGUAUAUGUUUUUGAUGGUAAGCCUCCACAAAUGAAAUCAUCAGAAUUAGAAAAGCGUACGGAAAGACGUCAAGAAGCUCAAAAAGCUUUAGAAAAAGCUGAAGAAGCAGGUGAUACUACAGAUAUUGAUAAAUUUAGUAAAAGAUUGGUAAAAGUAACUUCAGUUCAUACAUCUGAAUGUAAAGAAUUAUUAAAAUUAAUGGGAGUACCGUAUAUUGAAGCGCCAUGUGAAGCUGAAGCCCAAUGUGCUGCAAUGGUUAAAUCUGGAAAAGUUUAUGCUACAGCAACAGAGGAUAUGGAUGCUUUAACAUUUGGUACUCCAGUAUUAUUAAGACAUUUAACUUUUAGCGAAGCAAGGAAAAUGCCUAUUCAAGAAUUUCAAUUUGACACUGUUUUAGAAGGAAUGGAAAUGACUAAACAUGAGUUCAUUGAUUUAUGCAUAUUAUUAGGAUGUGACUAUUGUAAUAGUAUUAAAGGUGUUGGUCCAAAAAGAGCUAUAGAAUUAAUACGACAAUACAAAACGUUAGAAAAUAUUUUAGAAAAUAUUGAUACCAAAAAAUAUCAAGUACCUGAAAAUUGGCCUUUUAAAGAAGCAAGACGGUUAUUUAUUGAACCUGAAGUAGCUGACCCUAAUACAAUUGAAUUAAAAUGGAAUGAUCCAGAUGAAGAUGGUUUAGUGAAGUUCUUAUGUGGUGAUCGUGCUUUUAGUGAAGAUAGGGUAAGGAGUGGUGCAAAGAAAAUAAUGAAAACACGGUCUGGUUCAACUCAAGGUAGACUAGAUUCAUUCUUUACUUUUUCUACUACACCAAAUAAACGCAAGUUGGAAGAAGCUAAAGCUGCUGCAGAAGCUAAUAAAAAAUCUAAAAAGGGAAACACUGCAAAAAGAGGUCGUCCAAAGUAAAUAUGUAUUAAAAAAAUGAUUUAAAAAUCUUGGUUUCGUAUUUUGAUAAUAACAUAUAUGUAUAAUAAUUUGAAC